AUGGAUCCCAGAGACGAGAAAAAGUCGGAGCUUACUGUUCUCCCGCGAGGCGAACCCCAGAUUGACGAGGACCCGUUGGGAGGCCCGACGAAGACCUUCUGGGAACGUGCUUGGCCGACCUUUGCAUGUGGUGCUGGUCUGUGGUCUGAUGGGUAUCUGCAAUAUGUGAUUGGCACGGUCAAUACCAUCCUCGAUAAACUCUACCCCACCAUCUACAAAGGUUCCACCUACAGUCAGAAUGUCUCCUCCAUUGCCUUCGUCGGCACCGUCGUGGGAAUGCUGUUCUUCGGCUACCUCUCUGACCACUGGUCGCGCGCGAAUACCCUGAUGGUGUCCACCUCCAUCCUCUUCGUUUUUGGAGCCCUCUGCGCCGGUGCAUACGGUGCCCACGGAAGCCUCCCGGGAAUGUUCAAUGCCCUAACGGCCUAUCGCUUUUUCCUGGGUCUGGGCGUGGGCGGCGAAUAUCCAGCGGGCUCGGUGGCGGCCGCAGAAAGCAGUGGAGAAAUGAAAGAGGGUACCCGGCACCGCUGGUUUAUCUUGUUUACUAACUUCCAAUUGGAUCUUGCGUGUGUCGCCUCCUCCCUGGUCCCCAUGAUUGUCGUCCUCGCGACCGGUGAGGAUCAUCUCCGUGCAGCAUGGCGCAUUUGCCUGGGCCUUGGUGUGAUCCCCCCUUUGAGUCUAAUCUAUCUGCGGAUGAGGCUCCAGGAGCCGAUCGAGUACUCCCGGGAGAAAAUGCACAAGUUCCCUGUCUGGCUUAUUGCUAAAUUCUAUUGGAAGCGUUGGUGUGUCGUCUCCCUGAUCUGGUUCAUUUACGAUUUCUCGGCCUAUUCCUUUGGCAUUUACUCCUCCCAAUGGCUGUAUAUUAUCAUUGGGGACAGCGCUCCCUUAUGGGUAACACUUGGGUGGAACACGGUGAUCAACGUCUUCUACCUACCGGGCUCUCUCUUGGGUGCCUUAUUAAGUGACUGGAUGGGUCCCCGCAAUACACUUGCCCUGGGUGUCUUCCUUCAAGGUGCGGUCGGCUUCAUUAUGACGGGCUGCUACCCCUAUCUCAAUACCAACGAAUAUGUCGCGGCCUUCGUGGUGUUAUAUGGUAUCUUCCUUGCCCUGGGUGAAGUCGGUCCCGGUGACAACAUCGGUCUCUGUGCGGCCAAAACCUGCGCCACUCCCAUUCGCGGUCAAUACUAUGGAGGCGCAGCCGCUGUCGGUAAGAUCGGGGCCUUCGUCGGCACUUAUGUCUUUCCUGUCAUUAUCAAGAAUGCCCCGAAUGCGGUGCGCCAAGGGCAGGACCCUUUUUAUGUCUCCAGCGCACUUUGCAUGUUCAGCGCCUUCCUAGCCUACUUCCUACUGCCCCAGAUCAACCAGGAUACUAUCACCCACGAAGAUGCCCGCUUCCGAGCCUAUCUCGAGUCAGAGGGCUAUGACACCUCAACUAUGGGAGUAUCUGGUGCCCCCGCAUCGGCGACGGAGUAGGUGCGAUGAAUCAUGGGCGGUCAAGGUUGAGAGCGUGAUGUUUCUGCUGAUUGCGUGUCUGGGAGAUAUAUUACUGCAAAAAAUUAUAAUAGUAUUACCCUGUAAUAGUUACUUAAUUCAAAAGAUGUGGUGGCUAGCUUGUUGCUGCUGCCACCUGAUAUUGGGAGUGGACCCUGUUUCCUGCUCCAUAUGUCGUGCUCCCAACGGCUAUGUAGGACCACGCCACCGACUGGCUAGCUAACUACUCCGACCGGCGACAUGGGCACUGUUGAAAUAUAGGCUAUCCCUGAUGUGGGAGAUAGCAGAAUAUAUG